AUGUCUGGACAGCUAAAGCUUACUAAACUGGGCGCUUGGGUGACCGGCCAGACACCGAAGUCCGGCGGGACUACCGUCAAGAAGACGGCUGAGAAGUCUCGGAAAGACCUUACUGAAAAGAUCAAGGAAUUAAAAGAGGCUAUCACUACCGCUGAUCCCGCGAACAAGGUAAAACUUGAGAAGCAGCUCAAAGAGGCGUCAGCCAAGCUCGUAGCGGCUUCCACCGUCUCAUGA